CUGCUCCGCCCCCUCCUGCUCAACCCCUCCCUGCAGCCAGGAGCUCUGGUGGGCCACCCUCCACAGGCCUGGUACAGCCUCCAGAUAGCCGCCGUGUCCCCGCAGUGUGGCCACCAGGGAGGGCCGCAAGUCCACACCUAUGACCAGCCAGGCUUCCCUGAAGGCCGGCCUCCCAGGGCUGGGCCAGCAGCUUCCUGCCUGAGAGGUAGGCGCUGGGCCCUGUGCCCAAGGCUAGACGGAGCGGGGAGGCCGGGACUGGGCCAGGAACGUGGGAGAAAGGAGGUGCCCAGUGCCCCAGCAGGUUGGCAAGUGGCUGAGAACAGAUGACUAAUGCCUCAGGGCUCCUGGGAACAGCUGGUGCCCCCCUGGCGUGGGCAACCUGGCCGCAGCCCAGGCCCCUGCCAGCCAUGCCCGCUGUGCCCGCCAGUCUGCAGAUGGACCAUGUGGGGAACAGCUCCCAGGGCACCUCCCAGCUAUUCCUCACCACGGCACUGGCCCGCGGCAUCUCAGGCAUCUUCGUGUGGACCGCCCUGGUGCUCACCUGCCACCAGAUCUACCUGCACCUGCGCUUCUACACGGUGCCAAGCGAGCAGCGCUACAUCAUCCGCCUGCUGCUGGUGGUUCCCGUCUACGCCUUCAGCUCCUGGCUCAGCCUCCUGCUCCUGGGGGGCCACCAGCACCACGUGUACCUGGACUCCCUGCGGGACUGCUAUGAAGCCUUCGUCAUUUACAGCUUCCUGAGCCUCUGCUUCCAGUACCUGGGGGGCGAGAGCACCAUCAUGGCUGAGAUUCGAGGAAAGCCCGUCCGGUCCAGCUGCCUCUAUGGCACCUGCUGCCUUCGGGGCAUGGCCUACUCCAUCGGGUUCCUGCGCUUCUGCAAGCAGGCCACGCUGCAGUUCUGUGUUGUGAAGCCUGUCAUGGCCUUGGUCACCAUCAUCCUGCAGGCGGUCGGCAAAUACCAUGAUGGGGACUUCAACAUCCACAGCGGCUACCUCUACGUCACCCUCAUCUACAACGUCUCUGUCAGCCUGGCUCUCUAUGCCCUGUUCCUUUUCUACUUCGCCACCAGGGAGCUCCUGCAGCCCUUUGAGCCCGUCCUCAAGUUUCUCACCAUCAAGGCCGUUAUCUUCCUCUCUUUCUGGCAGGGAGUGCUGCUGGCCAUCCUGGAGAGGUGUGGGGUCAUCCCCGAGGUCCAGGUCCUGGACGGGAGUCGGUUGGGGGCCGGCACUCUGGCCGCCGGCUACCAGAACUUCACCAUCUGCAUAGAGAUGCUUUUUGCCUCCAUCGCCCUGCGCUACGCCUUCACCUGCCAGGUGUACUCAGAGAAGAAGGGUAACUCGCCAGCCCCCGCGGCAGCCAUGCAGAGCAUCUCCAGCGGCCUGAAGGAGACCAUGAGCCCGCGGGACAUCGUGCAGGAUGCCAUCCACAACUUCUCCCCUGCCUACCAGCACUACACGCAGCAGGCCACACAGGAGGCCUCGGGGCCUGGCCAGCUCAGGCAGCCCUCCCCCAGCACCCACCCCAGUGUGGCCGGUGGGUCUGGCGGGGGCCGGCAGAGUCACAAUAUGGAAAAGAGGAUGCUGACCCCCUCGGAGGAGCUGUAGGAGGGCCGGUGGUGCAGGCCUCUGCAAAAGGACAAGGCCCCUCGCCCACCAACCCUCUUGCCAAAGGUCAAGCCUCUCCCAGGAGCCCCCCUGCCAGGCCCGUGCAGCCCACUCUCCAUCCUUCUCGUGCCAGGUCCGAGAGAGGGCACCUGAGCUUAUGAGCUCAGACGGCUCAGAGAGGGAGGGAGCCAGUGUGGCCUCCCUAGACAGACAGAUCCCAGGCUGGGCAGCUUCAGGGAAGCACAGCUGGGGGAGAGCUGUGCAGCGGGCCCAAGAGCGCUGGAGCUGUGUGUGUUGCACGCGGGCAAGUCUGCACAGGCUGCAGGGGGCCAGGCGACUCCGCUGGGCCUGGCUGUGGCCCUCCUGGGUCCGUGGGAGGGCCAGGGCUGCUCCAUACACCUUCCAGCCACAGGGAGCCCUGACCAGCCCCCCAGCACAGGAAGGGGGCCUGAUGUGGGUUUGGGGGUGUCUGGAGCCACCAGUGGUGCAGGCAGGGCUUCUGGUGACCCCACUUAUUUAUACAUAAACACCUGGGUUUUCUAGUGA